CAGAGAAUCGUUUCAUCCAUAGUAUGGCCCAAGUGUCGUAUUACGUCGAGUCUUCUUGUCUUACUCAGGGCACAGUGGUAAACCUUCAUCUGCAAAUACAAGUUUUCCAAGAUGGGUUUUUUACGAAGAUAUCCUUGUUCUUCGUCAACUUCAUCGUUUUAGUUCUUGGGUUGGCCAUUGUCAUCACAGCGGCGAUCUUUAUGUCGAACGGGAACGAUUUUGGAUUUAUGUUUGCUGGGGACACUUUCUCGCUGCCAAUCUUUUCCAUGAGUAUUGGGAUAGCAAUGCUCGUCUUGUGCUUCAUAGGAUGUUGUGGGGCCAUCAAGGAAAACAUGCUGAUAGUGAAAGUGUAUGGAGGAUUACUCUGUGUACUGGUAAUCGCUCAACUGGUUGUGGGUAUCUUGAUAAUGGUGAAUGCUUCUGUACCAGUGGAACACAUUCAAACUGAAAUGGAUGACACCUUCAGUCAGUACGGAGUCGACCACCCAGAAAUAAAAGAGAACAUCGAUUCAUUUCAAAGUGAGGCUGGUUGUUGCGGAGUUCGAGACUACAACGACUGGGCCCUCUAACCCUUUUGGACAAGCAAAUAACGACAGUGUCCCCGACAGCUGCUGUCAGGAGGACUAUUACGAGGUUGGAUGCGGUCUGAAUGUCCUCUCCAAAGAAGGUUACGAAGACCACAUCUUCGACAAAGGCUGCUCCUACGUAGUGACCGCUGUUCUGAUCGAAGUGGGGAUGCUACUUGGAAUCUUGUGCAUCAUAUUUGUCAUUAUACAGCUCGUGAGCAUUUGCUGCGUUUGUGGGCUGGCACAGCAACCGAAGAGCUACCAUACCCGAAGGGUGGUGACUGUGAAGACAGUGUUGUCUUACAAAUGACACUCGUGAGGUUGGGCAGAGGUUCGAUCCCUAGCGGUCCUUGAUAGCUAAUACAAGAAAAUCAAUUUCAUUUGUCCUUAUAUGUUUCAUUAUGUACAAGACUUUUUGCCUGACAAGAUAUACAUAAAAAACACGUACCACAUUA